AGUAACAGAUCACCGAUGAUCAGACAGAGCUGGAGGAUAGAGAAAGAUGGAGCGCUCCUGGCUGUGGAGGUUUUUAACGCUGCUGCAAGUUUGUGAUUUAUGUUUGGCUUCCGCUUCAGGGAAACAGUGGAAGAAGAUUAGAGACAAGAUUUCCGAUGCUGUUCAUGGGUACACGCCGUGUAACCCUGUCAACUGCAGCUGCCAUCUAAGUGUCCUGCAGCAGGACUUGCAGCCCUUCAGAGGGAAAAUCUCUGAGGAUGCCAUGGCUGCGACUGUUCAAAGAGGGGUGGGCACCCACUACCAGAUCAUUGGCCACAGGUUGUACAGAGAGCACAGCUGUAUGUUUCCUGCCAGGUGCAGCGGGGUGGAGCAUUUCAUGCUGGAGGUGAUCGACAGGUUACCUGACUUGGAGAUGGUGGUUAAUGUCAGGGAUUAUCCUCAAGUCCCCAGCUGGGUGCAGCCAACGCUGCCGGUCUUCUCUUUCAGUAAGCAGACAGCAGACUACCAGGACAUCAUGUACCCUGCGUGGACGUUUUGGGAGGGCGGACCUGCUGUGUGGCCGAUAUACCCCACUGGACUGGGAAGAUGGGAUCUGAUGAGGGAGGACCUGAAAAAGUCUGCAGCACAGUGGCCAUGGAAGAAGAAGGAGUCCAGAGGAUUCUUCAGAGGCUCCAGAACCAGUCCGGAGCGCGACCCUCUGAUCCUUCUGUCCAGAGAAGCUCCAGAGCUCGUGGAUGCAGAGUACACAAAGAACCAGGCCUGGAAGUCUGAGAAGGACACACUAGGGAGACCCCCAGCCAAAGAAAUCCCACUGGUGGAUCACUGCAAAUACAAAUAUUUGUUCAACUUCCGUGGCGUGGCGGCCAGCUUCCGCUUCAAACAUCUCUUCCUCUGUGGUUCUUUGGUGUUUCAUGUGGGGGAUGAAUGGCAGGAGUUUUUCUACCCUCAGCUCAAGCCAUGGGUGCACUACAUCCCAGUGAAGCAGGACCUCUCUGAUCUCAGGGAGCUACUACAGUUUGUCAAAGAGAAUGAUGCCAUCGCACAGGAGAUUGCCACAAGGGGUAAGGAAUUUAUCCUCAACCACCUGCGGAUGCAAGAUAUUUCCUGCUACUGGGAGAGACUCCUCACUGAGUUCAGCCAACUCCUCACCUACAAACCCAAAAGGAAGAGCGACUACAGCCAGAUCGUCCACAGACCCAGCAAGACGGAGCUAUAAGACGGAGCCUCUGUGGGGACCAGGGCAGCUGUAGUGAAGGGAAGCACUAGAUGAUGAAUGUAAAUAACCGAACCACAGCAUUUGAUUUCCUCACAAGCAGCGUUAGACUGCGUGUCCUCACGGAAGAUGCAGUUAUAGGGCACGUAGUUUUAGUAUUACACGGUCAUAGAUGUAGCUUUAGUGUGUUGACUGUGGAUGCUGCCAUACCUUCAGGUGCCACUAGGGGGCUCUUACACCAUUUCUGAGUCAUUGAUCACUCUCUGGUUCAAUCAGUUGAUUUUUUUUUUUUUUUUUUUUUUUUUUAUGGUGUCAUGUCUGGCCUCACCAGCAAAAUAACAUCCAAUGUGAGAUGUGUUUUUAAACUUUUAGAAAUAACCCUGAUGACAUCAUAGUGAUGUCAUCAGGGUUAUUUCUGCUUGGGCUUGGAGAAAACGUUGUAACAAAUUAGUCUGCAUGUACACUGGGGGUGUGUGGUUUCUGUGUUUGUAUGUGGCAAGGGGGCUGUCUGCUGCUGCUUUAUAGAAGAGUCGUACUAAAUUACCGAGGUGUCCCUUUAACAUGCAAUGUAAAAUCUUCAGACCUCUUGCUGCUGAAAAACGUUGGAUUUGAUUUUCUGUAUUUGAAAGUCAGCUCGGUCAUCCUCGAGUGGAAGAAGUUCAGCACCUCGCUCAUGAAGCUGAACCGAACCUUUUGACCUCUUACUGCCGACCACUCAGUCCAAAGAGAAUAUUACACGUCCAGCUAUGGAGCACGUUAAACUCUCAUUUUAAGUACUUGAAUCAGCACAGCAAAGCGUGACGUCGACUUUAUCUGGCCUGUUUGUACGUUUCCACCCAGCAACCCCAAUUUAAUUGAUCCAAGUCAUCCCUGACAUCAGCCUUGCUGCACUGCCCUCUACUGGACAGCUGAGAAAACUCCAGCAGAGCUGUACCAAGCUUCAGCACAAUAACAUAUCCAUGUACUGUUUGAUUUGUCUGUCAGUGUCAGUCUUUGGAUUGAUUCUGCCAAAAGUUAAAUGCACAAAAUAAUUACUCCCAGUCUACAUUUCAUUCCACACUAAGUGCCAACAGUAAGCAAUAAUCACUUUAGAGUAAUUAGUUCUGUUUUGAUGUGAAACAUUCAUCUUAAUUGUUUUGACCUUUUGAUAAUGAUAAUGUGUAGUUGAUGCAGGAGAAUGUUGAAUAUGUUGUAGUAUUCACAUUGGGCUGUGCACAAAUAGAUUCUCACCGAGGUAAGGCUGUUGUGUUUUUACAGUAUUGUUAAAAACUGUGGUGAAGGUUGUCCGUUAGUAUGUUGAUCAGACCAAAAAGCUGUGAUUGCGUGCCUGGUCAAAGUGUGGCAAAUCAUGUUUUUGUCACAACUUGUGCAGCGUUUUUGUUUGUUUUAUGGCAAUAAACGGUUUGGUUCUUAAAAGUU